GAAAAACGGGAAAUAAAUAUGGAAAAUUUAUUAAAAUUAUAAAAUUGUCAGAGAAACUAUCUGUUUACGUGAAUCAGAAUUUAUUUGAUAUUAUAUUAAAUAAUUUUCAACCCAUUUUAUAUUUAAGGCUUAGAGUUAUAUUUUAAAGAUGUUUGUCCUCCUAAGCCGUUCUUACUUCCACGAAUUAGAAGUAUACCUUUCGAGUAGGCGUAACGUUAUAUUUUCUAUCAAAUAAUUUUCGUAACGUCUCACGUAAAAAUUAUUAUCUUUUUUUGGGAAUCGAAUGUGUCAUAACGUUUAAAAAAAAAUUCUCUGUUGGCCAAAAACAGUGCAAAAAAUUACACAAGUGUAUUAUAAACCUAAUAGGCAAAAUUUUCGUAGAUGUUAAAGCCAUCCAAGGGGUCACUAGCUACAAGACAACGCACACUUGGAUUCCGUCCGCAGAAUUGUGCAAAAAUCGAGGAUCACAACCGCAACCAGAUCCUGGAAAAAGCCUCGAUGGGAGAGGACUUCGAAUUGGAGGAGAAGAGCGAGGAACAGCCGGAUGAGAAGAGUAGCUAUGUCAAUAUCCAGGACACGAUGAGUGCCAGCAGCUUAGGUUUCAGGGAUCACUCCAAUCCCAGUGUAUUGAAAUUUCCCAAGCACGGAAACAAGGAAGGUAAGGUUGAUCUUAUGAUGAGUGAUGGUGAGCCAGAACCAGAUAACCAGGGUUAUCGAUCGAAUCACGACUCGGAUAGGAGAUUAAAAAGUCCGCCCAAUUCGGAUGCCAUUGGGAACAAAUUGAAGGACGAACUCAGCAAGUAUAAGCAGGAGCUCAAGGAAUACAAUGAAACCACCAAGGAUCUGGAGGAAAAGUAUAUGAAAAUCAAUUACGAGCUCAACGAAAUGCAGCAGAAGCACAAUCAUUUUGUGACCAGCCGGGGACAAUCUUCAGAAAUGGAUAUGGAAAGUGAGGCCGAUCAGGAUAAUUUCUACAGUUCCGCCAGCAGUGUGGCCUCGCAAAUGACGAUCAAGCGAAAGAGUCCCCAAAUCCUGCGCAGCAACACCAGUUUCAUGACCGUCCUGUCAGCCCGAAGUUCCAGUGGCGAACCCACCCGGAAAAAGUACUCAUCCGAAAGGAGUAAUCGUCAGUCGAAGGAUCACCGAAAUGAGGGCCAUCUCUCGUCGCAGGUUAACAGUGUCUUCGACAGCCGUAUUGUGGAAACACUGGCCAGCCGACACGCCAAGCGCAGAAAGAGAUCCUUGGAGCAGGACGACCGGGAGAGGGAGCCCGCCUCCUUCAAGGACGUCUACAAUGUGCUGAAGGACGUGAUCAACACCUCACAGGACCACAAGUACAAGCAUGAGCGGGAUCGGGAUAGAGAUAGGGACACGGGGGACCUGAGCCAACUGCUGACCACCAUCAAGAGCCUGAAGAGCGAGCAGCUGCAGUUCCGGACGCUCAUCCGGCAGCAGCAGGACAGGAUUGCGGACUACCACACGCGUUGUGUGAAGGCGCAGGACAUCAUGAGCACCCAGAAGCACGAGAUCGAGAAGCUGCACGUGAACAACAAGCAGCUGGAGUCGAGCAUAUAUCACGACAUAGACAGCCUGAGAUCCAAGAUAGACACCAAGCUGAAGAGUGUGUCCCACUUGCCCAAGAUUAUGCGGGAAGAGCACUCCAAAUACGAGAAGGUAAUGCGGGAAAAUUGUCUGCUGGCGGAUAAACUUCAUGCCCUCCAACAGGAGGCCAUGCAACUGAAGGUCAAGAUCGAUGAUCUCGGGCGAAGAAAACUGGUCACCGUCAACAGAUUGAAGGCGGCCGAAAGGGACCUCAAGAUAUUCAAGAACUACAAUUCGGCUUUGAAGACGGAAAAGCGUAAACUCACCCAGGAGCUGUCCACAAUGAAGGACCAGUUGGAGCAGCUCCAGGUGAGCAGUAAGAGGCAACUUUCCCGCCAUCGCGAGCAGAGCGAAAAGCAGCGCAGGGAUCUGCAGAAAAGGAUAUACGACCUGGAGCUGAAACUGAGUAGGAGCCAGAACUCCACCUCCAGCCUGAUCCAGGAGCGGGAUAGCUUGAUAGCUGAGCUCCAGACGCAGCUUCACACCUUGGUCCACAACUUCGAGGUGUCCCAAAAGCACAUAAGGGUCCUCCGGCGGCACAUCUACUCCAUGACGAAUCCAAAUGGUGCGGGAAUCCCUUGUAGUGGCGGUGGUUCGGCUGGCAUCGUUGGCUCCCAGCGACCCAGUCUGAUCAGGAUCAAUCAGCUGUCCCAGGGAUCCAGCAGCGGACGCAUCGGUAACCCGCGAACGCUGAAGGGCAAGAUCUAAGAAGGGAUCGGGAUCGCAUUGCCCAAGAUCUAGAUCGGGCCCAUCAGCUGUCCAGGCAACUUGAAGGUACGGUUUUCGGCACUCGGAUCAUACCAUCAAGUUGCCUGGACUUUUCCCGCUGUUAUCGACACACUGAAACUUUUAUUUGGUGAUCAUGUAAACUAAUGGACUUUUUAAAAACCUUUUAAA